GUCAAAGUUCAUUGUCAUUUGAUUGGCAGUAGUGGCGUCUGACGUUUAAACUAACCUCUUCAGAACAAGUUCCGAAUUUACGCUCAAAUCACCAGGAAAAAGUGUCUCAACUUGGCAAAAUGUCUCUGAUGGGAAUCCGCGGCCUCCUAAAGUAUGGUAAAAUAAUCAACGAAAGUGUGAUACUCAACACCAGAUCAAUCACACUUAUGAACAUGCGGAUGAACAAUGCCCCUGAAGGACAAGCAAAGCAGGAGCAAGUGUCACAAAAUAGUACACCACCACCCUCUGAACAGCCAAAAGUGGAAGACAUUGAACAAUUAAAUAAAAACAUUGCCGAACUCACCGAAAAAAAUAACGAACUUUUAGAUAAAUACAAACGGGCGUUAGCUGAUGGCGAAAAUUUACGAAACCGGCUAACCAAACAAAUUUCAGAAGCGAAAUUGUUUGGUAUUCAAGGUUUUUGUAAAGAUCUCCUCGAUGUGGCAGACGUUUUAGGCAAAGCCACUGAAACUGUACCCAAAGAAGAAAUCAGUGAUAAAAAUCCGCACCUGAAAAGUCUAUACGAAGGACUUGUAAUGACCGAAGCGCAACUACAAUCAGUUUUCAAGAGGCAUGGUUUAGAGUGUGUGAAUCCACUAAACGAAAAGUUUAAUCCAAACUAUCACGAAGCCUUGUUUCAACAGGAGGUUGAAGGUAAAGAAUCUGGGACUGUUGUAGUUGUUUCCAAAAUUGGCUACAAAUUACACGAUCGAGUCAUCAGGCCGGCUUUAGUAGGCGUCGCCAAAUGAGUAUUGUAAAAAUUAUCGUUUUCUAAGGCUUUGUAAAUUACAUACAGAAAAGUGGUUGUUAUUUUUAGGUUUGUGAUUUUUAUUAUUUCACAAAGAUACUUGUAUGUUAAUAGAAAAGAGAAUAAAUAUCUGUCGAGACCAAAA